UGUGACAUUGUCGUUUCGCUAUCUUCAACGUUCUCACCAGCGACCUCGUCCAGCGCCACUGUAUUCCUUUUUCCCCCUCCAAAUUUUCUUGUUUUACCCUAUACUAGACGCCAAGUAUAUUCGCCUAUCCUAAUUCCCAAUGAAGCCGUCCCGUUCGCUUCUUCUCUCGUGUCUCCUGGCCAUUGCGCUGGCCCAGGCCUCUAGCGCUUGGGAGCGACCACAUUUGCCUCGCCAGGCAGCCAGUAGUGGUCAGGGCACAGAAGCAGCGACAACAGCGGCAACUGGUACAACAACGACGGGAGGACAGCAGACCACGACGACCCAAGAGCAGCAAACAACUACCGCUGCUACUACCACUGCCCAACAGACCACGACGACGCAGGAACAGACAACAACGACCCAGCAGCAGCAGACCACCACGUCGACAACCAACCAACAGCAGACAGCGACCACCACAUCGGGAAAUACCAGCCCCACCGAUAACAAUAACACCCAGACCACUACGAACAACCAGCAAACCACCUCUCAAAACAACGCCCAGACUUCUCAGACUCCCCAGAUACAGACAACCGAGUCUGUUUCCACCAACGAUGCUGGUCAACCAGUCACAGUAACAAUUACUAACACGAACACAAGAAGUAGUGAGACUGGGUCGGCCACAUCCAGUAGUGCGUCCAGCAGCAGCACGAGCAGCUCUAGUUCUAGUGGCAGCUCUGGGGUUAGCACUGGCACAAUUAUUGGUCUGUCUGUCGCUGGUGGGGUUGCGCUCUUGGGCAUCAUUGGUUUCAUUGUAUGGAAGUUGACGAGAAAACGAUUCUCCGACUUUGACGAUGGCGAAGCUAUCAAAUGGCCAGAGCUUAAUGCUCACGGUUCCGACGGUGGCGAUGUCCACCCUCUCCCUGUUCACAGCACUGGUCGAGCUGGCUUCGACACUGGGUCUGAGGUUUCCUUGUCUCGUGCCCCUUCCACCUCAACCAACAACUUCUCUACACCAGACCUGGCUCAUGAUCCCUAUGCCGUGCCUCCUCUCCCUCACUUGAAUCCCAACCAGCCCAUCCCAUACCGUGAUGAUCCAAAUGCCAGCAAUGCAUACUAUGACCCAUAUCGUGGGCCCGUGCCAAAUACAUUCAAUGAUGCACCCUCUGGCGCUGAAUGGUCACAAGGCGAGGCCAUUCCCAUGACGCAGAUGACUGGUGCUGGCAGGAUGAGUCCAGGGCCUGGGUUGGCCUAUGGUGAUACUGGUCGAGCAUCUCCUACGCCUGCAGGUCGUGCUAGUCCAGGUCCAUCAGCAGCGUUGCGUACCAAAUCUCCCGCACCGAUGUAUGGGAGGACGUCUCCAGGGCCUCAAGCCGCCUUUGAUCCGUAUGCUGGCCGGUAGUGGACGAGUUGUUAUGUUGCGGGAGAUGAAUGAUACGACUAUAGACGAUUUAUUCCCAGCAUAGGAUAGGCCGGAGUUGGACUAGGACAGUAACGCCGUCGCAUUCAGUAGGAGGAUACUGGACCAAGCUCCAUUACAUCACCCUGUCUUGUUUUCUCAUCAUUUACCAUACCCAAACAUCCCCCAGAUUGCAUUUUUCACGCUCAUACACACA